GCUCCCUCUUUUACUGUGGCAGUGAGCGAGAGGCACCAUGAAGGCGUCCGGCACACUUAGGGAAUAUAAAGUCAUCGGGCGUCUGCUGCCCUCGGUGAAGAACCCGGCCCCCCCCCUCUACCGGAUGAGGAUCUUCGCCCCCAACCAUGUGGUGGCCAAGUCCCGUUUCUGGUACUUCGUCUCCCAGCUGAGGAAGAUGAAGAAGGCGUCUGGAGAGACCGUCUACUGCGGACUGGUCCACGAGAAGACGCCACUGAAGGUGAAGAACUUCGGUAUCUGGCUGCGUUACGACUCUCGUAGCGGAACCCACAACAUGUACAGAGAGUACAGAGACCUGACCACCUCUGGAGCCGUCACCCAGUGCUACCGUGAUAUGGGAGCUCGCCAUCGUGCCCGUGCUCACUCCAUCCAGAUCAUGAAGGUUCAGGUCAUCGCUGCCAACAAGUGUCGCAGACCGGCCAUCAAGCAGUUCCACGAUUCGAAGAUCAAGUUCCCUCUGCCUCACAGAGUCCUGCGCCGCCAGCACAAACCCCGCUUCACCACCAAGAGGCCAAACACCUUCUUCUAAACCUAAUCUGUUGGUUUUUCAUAUUUUUGCGGGAAAAAAUAAAAACGAUGAGAACAGAAGAA